AGUCUCGACGCCUCGGGAAAAAGCAAGUGUGUGCACACGUAUACGGCACAUUCCCGUACAACCCCCCGCGGAUCCGAGGGCUCUUUCAACGAAGUUGGAUAAAAUGAGUCGCGAGUGUCGGAAAUAGUAGGGGGAAAAAAAAAAUAGAAAAAAAAAAGUAUAAGGAUGGCAGAGUGCGAGGAAGGGCCGUCGACGUCGUCGCCGACGGUGGAGGUGUCGAGCACUCCGAGGCUGUCCCAGGGUUAUUUGUACGCUUGUCAGAGGGCAGAGCUGCUCGGGCUACCCACGCCCACCGAGGCCGAGUUUUUCGCCAGCGAGGACUACGCCAGAGAAAGGGACGCCGUCGAGCAGGACGGCCACGAUGACGCCGUUGCUCAGGAACUGGAGGAAAACGACGAGUGCAUGCAACGAAUCGGGGGUGGCCUGGACGAGCUGAACACCAUACUAAACGCAACCCAGAAGAAGAUAAACAAAUUCAAGAACGUGUGCGGUAGUCUGGGCACCCUCUUGAAAGCGCGGGUUUCCUCGAGCCCCGGGACCCCGGAGCACAAGCCUCGGGCGGGUUCCUCGAGCGAACAGGAGGAGGUGCCCGCCGCGGAGGGGGACGCCGAGGAGGAGCCACCCCAGCCGCAGGCGGCGCCAAGGAAGGCCGACCUCAACGCCAAGGUCGGCUCGCACCUCGACAAGCUCGACUCGCUCAUCAACAAGGCGGAGAACGCCCAGUACAGUAUGAAGCACCAGACCAAACAGAUGAAGGCUUACAUGAAGUAGUUUCUCUUUUUUCUUUCUUUUUUUCCUCCUCCUCCUUCGACGCACGAUCGGUGCAUUUGGCCGACCGAUUGGUGUUGGGUUUUUUUUUUUUUUUUUUUUUUCAUUAAUCGCACAUAUAUGGGACGGGGGAUGGUUGAAAGGGCUCUUGUUUGGAAAAUGAUGCUUUUUGACAAGCUUUUUUUUUUAAUAAGGGGUAAGGUUGAUCGUUGAAUAUUGAAUAUUGAAUAUACUUUAUGAACAAAACAACGAAUUGAUCAUGUUUACGAUAGAAUUUGUCAUUUUUUCUAGAUAAGGCGAUAGAAAAAGUAAAAAAGUUCUCUAAUUUUAUGUAGCAAAUCGGAAAUUUUGCCGAUAACCAUAAGGUCUUUGAAGAUUGAUGUCGUUGAAAAUUUUACGUUUCGACUGAAAACGAGUCUUCCUUUCUUGUUUUGUUGCUUUGAAACAGAGGAUCAUUCGUAGGAUUUUAGAAUUGAUUGUUGAAAAAUUCAUUGUUAAGAACGAGAAUGGUCGUUGUUGAAAAUGUUGUUUGGUUGAGAAUACCGCCAGUAACACCAAAUACAAGUAUAUAAAAAUGUGAACAAUAUAAUUUGUACAAAAGUCACGCGUUAAAAUGAACACUUGAAAAUUAUUUUGAAAAAUAUCGCAAGUACUAGAAUUGUCGGUGUAGAUGCAUCUUUUGAGAUAUUUUGUGACGCGGUAAAAACAUAUCGAAAGGCAGAAAAAUAACAUAAUGGUGAAUAUACCAAUCUAAUCUACAAUAAUAUACCUUCUCUGUAAACUCAAUUACUCUCUCCAUAUACGCUUGAAAUUUAAAUCUUUGUAUAAAAUACAUAAUGAAUCAUGAAUUACUUAAAAAAAAAAAAAAAAAAAAAAAAAAAAAAAAAAAAAAAACAUGAUUCACUGUAUGCACUUUUUACAUACGUAUACUAAGCUUCGAUGCUGCUCAAUUCUACGUGUGUCCAUCCGGCAUUUCUCGAAAUACCUAGACAAAAAUAUUUAUACCAUAAACAAGACCUGAACACUAUAGUUACACAAACCUUAAAAAAAAACAUUAACUUAUAUGUACAUUUUUAUUUUUGCAAACAGUUGGAUAGUGCAAAUUUCACGCUGCUUAAACGAAAUAUCUGCGAAUGCGCGUAGGAUAGAGUAAAGUUAGCGUAUUUUUUUUUUUUCCAACAAAUUUUCGCUUUUGUAACAAUAUUCGAACAGUAUUUUUGUAAAUUUCAAGUAGCAAAGCAAAUGUUAUAGAGCCAACGCAUCGUGUAUAUUCUCAAGUUGGGCUUCAUGUAUAACGAAUUUCGAAACGACAAUGCUGUGAGGCUGUACUUUCAAGGCGAAUUUCAAGACUUUUCAUGCUCUUAUUUCACGAGAGAAGUAUACGUCUCUUUUGAAUGUAAGCACAUUACUUCCCAAGCAAUACAACCAUUCGAAUUCGAAGAUAACUUUAACGACAAUCUUGUGAUUUUGUCUUUUUAUGAUGUUACAUCUAGUUGCGCAUUGCGAGUAGUUCAUUGAUUGUUUGAAUUUUUUUAUGAAAAUUUAAAAAAUCGGAUUUAUUAAAAGUUGAGAUUUCUAUGUACCUUUAUAUGUGUAUUUGUUGAGCGUAAAAUUACGUCAAGAUUUGCAGAUAAAAUAUUAUAUACAUCUAUUCGUAUGGAUGGAAAAAAAAAAAAAAAAAUUGAGAUACGAAUAGUUAACUCAAAAAUUAUCGAUCUAAAAUACACACGCUUAUGCCUGAUAUAUACAAGUAUAAUAUUGUCUGUAUCUAUAUGUAUAUGAGAAUAUUCGUAAAAAUAUACAAUAUACAAAAGAAAUGUUGAAUGUCGUCCACACACGUGUGUACUAUAAAAAUACAUAUAUAUAUAUAAUAAGCACUGUAAAUGAUGGAUAAGACAAUUGUAUUUUAUUUAAAUCGUUAUAAAAGCUUGUUGAUGCUAAAUGAAGCAAUAAACUUAUAACGUUAAAA